AUGGAAGUGCCAGUCAUCAGCGAUUCAGGCGUUCACCUGUCUGACUACAGACCCAGAAUCCAUUCAUCAGUGACUGACGGAGACUACGUGUCCGACUAUUAUCACUGCUAUAAUGAUGGCAGCCAGGUGACACCAGGAGGGCCUGACUAUGCCACCUUGGAUGCUCCUCCAAACUAUGAGUUCUACGCCAACACGGAAGAGUGCGGACGGAAAAAACGCAUCAGGCCGUCUCUCUACCAACUGUCUGUCAACCUUGAGGACAAAUCCAGACCUCCGAUGUACGAAGAGACCACAAGUGGACGCAUGGAAGGUGACGACUGUCAGGAAGAGGAGCAAACGAAGCAGCUUGCUCAACCAAUAAGAUUCGGCUGGGUUCAGGGAGUCAUGAUCCGUUGCAUGUUGAACAUUUGGGGGGUGAUCUUGUACCUGAGGCUGCCAUGGAUUACUGCACAAGCUGGCAUAGGUCUGACAUGGGCGAUUGUCCUGCUGUCCUCCUGUAUCACCGGCAUCACCGGUCUCUCCACCUCAGCUAUCGCAACCAACGGCAAAGUAAAAGGAGGUGGGACCUACUUUCUAAUUAGUCGAAGCCUUGGCCCAGAGCUGGGCGGGUCCAUUGGGCUCAUCUUCGCCUUUGCCAAUGCUGUGGCUGUGGCCAUGCACACCGUAGGCUUCGCUGAGACUGUUGCAGACCUCAUGCAGGAAAAUGAUGCUGCCAUGGUGAACCGAACCAAUGACAUCCGCAUAAUUGGCAUCAUUACAGUCACAUGUCUUCUUGGUAUCUCAUUGGCUGGCAUGGCGUGGGAGUCAAAGGCCCAGAUUGUGUUCUUCCUGGUGAUCAUGGUGUCGUUUGGCAGUUACGUUGUGGGAACCAUCAUCCCUGCAUCGCCGGACAAACAGGCCAAGGGCUUCUACAGCUAUAAAUCGGACAUAUUUGCUGAAAAUUUUGUACCCAACUGGCGGGGGAAAGAGGGAAGCUUCUUUGGCAUGUUUUCCAUUUUCUUUCCCUCGGCUACCGGUAUCCUGGCAGGAGCUAACAUCUCUGGAGAUCUGAAGAACCCAGCAGUGGCGAUCCCCAGAGGAACGUUGAUGGCAAUAUUCUGGACCACCUUGUCUUACCUCAUCAUCUCUGCUACUAUUGGUUCCUGCGUGCUGCGCGAUGCAUCCGGACUGUUAAACGACACCAUGUCUUCUUCCUCCACCAACACGUGUGUUACUUUGGCUUGUCGGUACGGCUGGGACUUCACUGACUGCAUCAGCAACGACACUUGUGUCUUCGGCAUCAGUAACUACUAUCAGACAAUGAGCAUGGUAUCAGCUUUCUCCCCCCUCAUCACCGCUGGUAUCUUCGGUGCAACUCUCUCCUCUGCUUUGGCCUGCCUGGUAUCGGCGCCCAAAGUCUUCCAGUGUCUGUGUGAGGACAAACUCUACCCUCUCAUUGGCUUCUUCGGAAAAGGCUACGGUAAAAACCGGGAACCACUGCGAGGCUACCUGCUGACGUACAUCAUUGCCAUCUGCUUCAUUCUCAUUGCUGAGCUGAACACCAUCGCCCCGAUCAUCUCCAACUUCUUUCUGUGCUCGUACUGUCUGAUCAACUUCAGCUGCUUCCACGCCUCCAUCUCCAACUCACCCGGCUGGCGUCCGACCUUCAGGUUCUACAAUAAAUGGCUGUCCUUGUUGUGCGCCGUGUGUUGUCUGGUCAUCAUGUUCCUGCUGACUUGGUGGGCCGCACUCAUUGCCUUUGGGGUCGUCGUGCUCCUUUUGGGAUACACACUCUACAAGAGGCCCGCAGUGAAUUGGGGGUCUUCAGUGCAGGCCAGCUCCUACAGCAUCGCACUCAACCAGUGUGUGGGCCUCAACCACGUGGAGGACCAUGUGAAGAACUACAGACCACAGUGCUUGGUGCUGACAGGACCCCCCAGCAGUCGGCCGGCUCUUGUGGAUCUGGUCAGCUGUUUGACAAAGAACCUCAGUCUCAUGAUGUGCGGCCACGUGCUCACCGGCAAUCUCCCUCCACUGGUGCAAAGCGUUGACAGUCACGUUUUGUGGUUGAACCAAAGAAAGGUCAAGUCCUUCUACAAAAAUGUGCUUUCUGCGGACCUCCGCUCAGGAGUGAACAUGCUGCUGCAGGGUGCAGGUUUGGGUAGAAUCCGGCCGAACGUCUUGCUAAUGGGUUUCAAGUCAGACUGGCUGAGUGACUCCCCUCAGGCGGCAUACAGUUACAUCGCAAUACUGCAGGAUGCAUUCGAUCUUCAGUACGGUGUGUGUGUCCUGAGAAUGAGAGAGCGACUGGACGUUUCACAUCAGUCGCAUGUCAAUCCAGGCUUUGAAGAAGGACCUGAGUCUUCGGCGGUUCAAGCCAGAACAUUGUUCCGACAAAAGCAAGGAGAGAAGACAAUCGACGUGUACUGGCUGUCUGAUGAUGGAGGCCUCACCCUGCUGCUGCCUUACCUGCUCACCCGCAGGAAGCGCUGGGCCAAAUGUACAGUUCGAGUGUUUGUGGGCGGAGGAAGUUGCAGCAAAGAGGAGCGGAAAGAGGAGGUGUUGACAUUAAUCAAAAAGUUCCGCCUCGGUUUCCACGAUGUUGAAGUGCUUCCUGACCUCCAUCAAAAACCUCAGCUUAGAAACAUUCACCACUUUGACAUUAUGCUGAGUUCCUUCAAGCGGGACGCCAAAGCACAGAGCGAAAGUGAUUCGGAUCCAUCAAGAGAAGAGAUGGAACCCUGGGAGAUCACAGAGCAGGAUCUGGAGAGGAACAAGGCCAAGACUUUCCGUCAACUUCGUCUGAAUGAGAUUCUGCAGGAUUACUCCAGAGAGGCUGCACUGAUUGUCAUCACCAUGCCCGUGAGGAGUAGAGCGGUGUGCCCCAGAGUUCUCUACCUGGCAUGGCUGGAAGUCCUGUCCCGUGACUUGAAGCCUCCAGUCUUGUUGGUCAGAGGAAACCAGGAAAAUGUCCUCACCUUCUACUGCCAGUGAAAUAUCUUCCCUAUGUCUCAUGCCACAACAACUGCAACGUUUGGAGGAAUAUUGUAGUAAAUAAAUUUGAUCAAAAGUCCGCUUAAAAUAGAGCCUAUGGGAGCAUGUUCAAUUCUGAUUAUAGAGCGCCUAAAAAAACAUCCCGACCCCACUGUUAGGGUUUUAUAUACAGUGAGUAUAUUUGUUAUAAGCACAUUUAUAAUAACAAAUAAUAUUUAAGUAUUUUGAUCAUUUUAAGCAAAGGCGCCUCGUUAUUAUUAUGUUUUUCUUCAUCACUGAUUUCUGCUCGGCAGCACGGUGGAACAGGGGGUUAGUGCAUGUGCCUCACAAUACAAAGGUCUUGAAUAGUCCUGGGUUCAAUCCCAAGCUCGGGAUCUUUCUGUGGGGAGUUCGCAUGUUCUCCCCGUGACUGCGUGGGAUCCCUCCGGGUACUCCGACUUCCUACCACCUCCAAAGAAAUGCACCUGGGGAUAGGUUGAUUGGCAACGCCGCGACCCCAAAAGGGACAAGCGGUAGGAAAUGGAUGGAUGGUUUCUGCUCACGGCAGACUUUAUGAGAGCCGACGGACAUAAGAAAACAUCACUUACUGUGCAAGGUCUGCUGUCGUUAAAUGCAGACUGCUGGGAAGUUCAUUUAUUUUCAUAUAGAUGAAGAAUUACUCAUAAUACUCGUGUGGAAACGGGAUGGGAGGGUAACGAGCACUUUUCGCGUUGUUCCCGCCAGUUCUAGGUCCUAAAUGGCGGCCAAAGUGUACCAACUUUUGGGAUUAUCUACUUUCCAUGUGAGAGGCAUGAUUUAUGAUCUGCAAUGUACUUACAGAGAGCAAGGAAGCGAGGAAACAGCAGACAGUGAUCUUCGAGUACGAAGAUGUAAACAAUACUGUGGGCACACACGGGAGUGAUUACAUCGCCAAUACAAAUACUUUUAAUACAUGUAAAUUAAGCAUUGUUGGCACUUUUUCAAUGUUUUUUUAUCGGAUUUUAUGGGCUCCCGUUGGCUCUGGUAUAAGCUGACUUUUACGUUGAUUUAAUAAUUAGAAUGCAUUUUAAAACAAAUCCAUCCCUCUUCAUGUCUUUCAUAAUAAUUGGGAUUGAUAGGCAACAUUUAUUGAUUUUCCCUUCUUAUUUCUACAUAAUUGUAGUAUGCCACUGGACACAAUAGAUAAUCUACAUUAAUAAAAUUCUGUAUGUUAUCACUAAUAA